AUGAACAUGUCAAAUUUGGCGGAAACGUGGGUGAAGCUACCUGUAGUGCUACAGAUUAAGUGGAAAGAUGAAGCUCUGAGAAUUAGGGAAAGAAAAGGUUUCCCAACUCUUGAGGAUCUAGUGGAGUUUUUUGAAAGGAGAGCUGAAGCAGCUAAUGAUCCAGUCUUUGGAAGGGUUGGAGAGACAAAGCAAUUAUUUCCAAGAAGGAACCCAAAAGCCAGUUGACAUCCAUUACCUUCGAGUCUUAAUGCGGUGGCUGGGACCAAGAUAAUGACAAUGGCAGUGCAAGUUGGACGUAGUGACUCACCGAAACCAGAUAUGGACACGCUGGGAAAAAAAGUGAUAAAAUUCGGCCAAAAGAUUGAGUGGGGGCGUUAUAGGCACAAACAUUUUUGGAGUUCUUGGGGCUAUAACUUUCUUUCCUUUAAGGGCAUGACACUGAAAUUAAUACAGGCAACAAUACUUCACUCCAGGAAAAUUUUGGAAUAGGCGUUUUGUCGGUAAAGAGUAAAGUGACCCUCUAGUGGCCAAUUAAAAAAUCAAAACUCCCAAAGACUUCUCCUCCAAGAGAAUUAAACCUGAAAGUGUGAUACUUUGCAGAAAUAUAGUGCGCAUAAAAUUGAAGAACUUGUCCGAUUUGAAAUCUCAACUUUCAUUUUUGUGACGUCACAACUGAUGACGUCACAAAAUGGACUUUUUGGUCAUGCGUAGUACUAACCCAAAAAAUGGAGAAUUUGAAAGAAAAACUUAAGACAAAUACAAAGUGAAAGUCUCUACUCAUUAUCUUCUAUAGUUUAAGAGAUAUUUGUAACAUUCCACGCAUAUUUUUAAACAAACUUUGGACACAUUUUGUGGCCGAUUUUUAGCACUUUUUUCCCAGCGUGGAUUCGAAUUCUAGCAUGCAGAAAGUAAUGUUAUGGCUGUAAGUCUACACACAAGGUAGAGCAUAUAAACAAAUCUGUACGACAGGGAAUAGUCUUCGUAAGGUACAAGGGACUUUGUUGGAACUGGGUACCCAAGGGACACUUUGUUAAUAAGUGCCAAUCAACUUUUAAAUGUAAACAAGGUGAACAAGCACACCAUUCCUUACUGCGCAAACCAACAGAGGAUAAAGAGGGAACAAUGGCGAAUCCAAAGGGAAGCUCAGGACCGAAAGACCAAGCUAGUGUGAAUGCUGUAACAGAUCAUCUGUUAACACUCCAGGUCCCACGUAUUCCACGACCUCAAGGACUAAGGUUUCAUUACAAGUUUUUCCAGUUAAGAUAACGAGCGAAGAGGGACACUGUUAUGUUACAACGUAAGCACUACUUGACACUGGGAGUGAAGAGACAUUUCUGUAAAAUGCUAUUUUUAAUUCCUAGCGUAGCGACUUUAUAAUCUCUUCGCGCGCGAGGCGCGCGCGUAGUCUGCUAACCGCGCGUGGUCUUAGCCAGCUGCAAAAUUCGAUGCGCCAUAAAUCUUUUCAUGAAUAUAUAUUCUUGGUGUCCGCCAAUGACGUCAUGGAGCAUUUUGCGUUUCCAGGCAACAUAGACUUUGCCGCCGAUGACCAAGGUUUUGAUGUGUUUAUUCAUCGUCUGUGAAACAAAGUUUACUAUCGGUGAAUCACGAACAAUUUCCCAUGCAAAUGAAACACAAGCACAGCAGGUGCAAAACCUCGCCCAGGAAGAUUUUCCACCGAAACUCCUCUGGAACGAGAACGCCGACUUCAAAUUUAACGUGAACAACGAAGGAGAAGACGUGAACAAGAAACUGCGGAGCAGAGAGAACAUCGCCCAGCACAGCGAAGGCAACGCCUUCAACAAGAGACAUGCAGAGGAACAGGAGAUUGGAAUCAGAGGCAUUAUGAUCUUUUCACACUGUGGAAAACCCAGAUUUCUCAGUUUGCCGGUUUCCCCGCCGAUAUAUAGAUCAACGUCUGCAAAGCUUCAGCUCAGUAUUACGGCCCGAAGUAUCAUAAUUUUCAGGCGAACUGCACUGCCAUAUUUGUUCUUUGUUUUUGCCUUUUUCUAAAUCCGGACGCCGAAAUAAUGCUAAAACUGCUUCUCAAUACACUGUUAACAAUAACACCACACAAUAGGCAAAAAAGAAGGAGAAGAAAAGAAAGAACAACGUAUGGACCUUUACGACGAUAUUCGUGGGUGGUCACCCAUCCAGUUCUUAAUCCCGACUGACAGGGCUUAACUUGAGUGCCGUUACCAAACCGAGUUUCGCGAGGGUUAUUGCGAGAUACGUAUUUCUAGUAACUUGGGUUUCAAGUAAGCAACUGUGACACUUUGGCUGAAUACACAUUGUCGGGCGAGUCCUGUAUUAAGGUUGGUCAAGCCAAUCGUCAAGUGAAAGCUGUUGAUAGCCGGGACAAUCGUACCCUAGUAAAUGAAAACGUUAGAAGUUGUAGACAAACUUAACAUCACAACAACAAGAGCAAAAGACUUGUCUAAAUGGCCUCAUUUAAAGGAUCUCGAAAUCGCUGACGUAGAUGACGAACAGGUGACCAUGCUGAUUGGAGAAUACGUUCCCGAAGCUCAAGUGCAUGAAAAGCGCAGAAGAGGGGGAUCAGUAGAACCGUAUGCUGUUCGCACUUUCCUGGGUUGGUCUGUGCUUGGACCAGUUGAUGCUGAAACAUUUUGCGCUCCCAAGAGAAGAAUGUGA